AUGCCACGUAAGCUACGUAAGAAUAUACGUAAGAGGAAGGGAGCAUUGAAACAUCCAAUAGUAAAACUGACACCACAACAACAGUUGCAACAACAAAUGAUGAAUGACCCCACUAUGUUGCAACAAAUGUCAAGCAACCCUAUGCUUUUAAACCGAGUUAUUGGUGCACAGAGUGGAGGUUUAAGAGCGGCACUUUUAGCGAAAAUGGCAGGCUAUGGUGGAGCUGCAGACGGAACAGCUUAUAACCCUCAAAGUCAAAUGAAUUUGAGUUCACUCAAAAAUCAAAUAACAGAUGUCAAAAAGUCAAACAUAGACAUACAGAAACAAAUAAGCGAAAACGAAAAGAAACUAG